AUGGAGAGUGCAUCUGUGACGACCGGGAAAAUCGCAAACACACGUCUUAUGGCACUGUGUGAUCCUUACCUUCAGGGCGAGAUUGGGUCUGGUAUUCUUACUGAUGCAGCUUACAGUGGACAUUAUGAAACUGUUCGUUUCUUGCUAGAGACGAAGCUUUUUGAAAUCGAAUCGCCUACGCAAGCAGCUGGUCGAGGCAAUACAAAUAUUGUGGAUCUGCUAAUAGAGCAUGGGAAGAUCCCAACACCAGUCAUGUCGGAUCCUCUCCAACCCUUGAUUAGACCAGUGUUAGGUGAUCACUCUUUAAUCCUUGAGAAGCUUCAACGUUCUAUGGAUCUUGAUGCUUUUGUGGCACACGACGAAGCUGAUCAUCAUCGAGACCUCCUGAUGAUCAGUGCUGCAUGUGGCUGGAAUGGCCUAGUUGAGAAGUUACUUCAACGCGGCUGUUCAACACAUCUCUAUCACCCAUAUAAACAUCUCUGGACCUGCAGUGGCAAGGAAGUCUAG